CACACAUAGGGAACUCAGAGCUCAGCUCACUCUGUGCCCACACAGGACAGCCGUGUCCCGCCUCCAGCCAGCCACACUGCUCUACACACAGGGGAAACAUGAAGCAAGCAAGGAGAAUUAAAAGAAACUAAAUGACACACACUCCCUCUCUGCUCCUUGUUUUGGAUAUAUAUUGCCAUCUAGAGAUUUAUUCCUGGGUUUGGAUUAGAUAAAGGAGAUUAGAGAUUUUUUUUUUUUUCCCUUUGCCCUCACUGAACAGCCUUAUGUGUUUUGCAUGUGUGUGAGAGAGACUGAAUUAAUGGCAGUGCCCAAACUGCUGCAAGAUCUGGGAUUAGGGAGGUUGCAGUGUGUGCUUCUCAUGUGUCCAUGGGUGGCCUUAUAAGCGUUUGCUGUGUAGGGAUGCUGCUGUGACGUCAGGAUGCCUCCACUUGAUGAUGCAGCUCAUUCCCAGUGAGGAUAUAAAGCCAUCUAAUCUCUGCAUUUGUGGAAGUUCUUUCAUGGAAAUACAAAUGAACAGGGAAGCCCAAAGCCAGAACCUUAUUUGGGGAAGCCACAUCAAGAAGGGAAUGUCCCUUAAAAUCUAACAAUGAGAACACCUUUCGGAGGGAAAUUACAGUAAAGCUAGUGUGCUCCAGUGGAAGGAAGUGGAGGAGGAGGAAAUAUGCAGAGAAUGUAGAAUGAAAGAACACCAGUCAGAUCCAGUGCUCUGAACAACUACGGUUACGGUUGUCUUUUUGAGUUCAGGUUGGAUUGGGGAUUUUAAUUUUAUUUUAAAAAACAAAAAAAAAACAUUAUUGUUUACUAUUUUUCUGUCAAUCCUACCUGGAAAACCAUGGCUCAUCCCAGGAGAGCAGGGUACGAUCACCGGGACAUGGUGGUAAAAUACAUUCAUUAUAAGCUGUCACAGAGGGGCUAUGAAUGGGAAGAUGGGAGGCAGCAGGUUUCUCAUAAUCGGCAAGAUGCUUCUGCUGCUAAUAAUAAUCAUUCUAAUGGUGAAGAGGUGUCUUCUUCACCUGGAGAACCUGAUGUCUCACCUGUGUCUGCUGCUGCUUCCUCUACUGAUGCAUCCAAAAAUAAUGCCCCAGUCACCCUUUUAGUCAAUGCACCUGCUGCUCCCAGCUGCUCCGAAUCUGCUGCUUCUACCAUGCCUACAGCUCAGGGUGAAUGGAACGUUCCCCCGAGAAAUUCUACCAUUGACUUGGGCGCAAACCAAGUAUUGGAUGGUAAUGAAGGUGACGAUGCUUUUGUGCAACCUGUGCCCCCAGCAGUGUUCCAGACACUGAGCAGAGCAGGUGAUGAGUUUUCACGCCUGUACCAGCAAGACUUUAGACAGAUAUCAGGGCUUCUCCACUUAACCCCAUCCACAGUUCGUCUGCGCUUCACUGCAGUGGUGGAGGAACUCUUCCAUGAUGGGGUGAACUGGGGAAGAAUUGUGGCUUUCUUCGAAUUUGGUGGUGUCAUGUGUGUGGAGAGUGUGAAUCGGGAGAUGUCACCUCUGGUCGACUCCAUUGUUGGUUGGAUGACAGAGUACCUGAAUAGACACCUGCAAAACUGGAUCCAGGAACAAGGAGGAUGGGAUGCUUUUGUGGAAUUGUAUGACAGCAGUAUCAGACCCCCGUUUGAUCCAACCUGGCUCUCCAUCAAGACAAUACUGAGUCUUGCAGUAGUUGGUGCUUGCAUCACCUUAGGAGCAUACCUUGGUCACAAGUGAACGAACUUCAGGCAAUGCGGUGGAUUUACUCAAAUAAUGAAGAAAAGGACUGAUUAUUUUGUCAGACUAGUGGACCAAUUGAAGCUAUUACUGCCAAAGGAGGUUUCAUAUAUUUUCCCUAUUUUUUUUUUUAAUAGAAGUUUUAUUUAUUAAAGUUCUUUGCAUUUCAAGCUAAGCCGCACCAUGCUGACAAUUGUCAUGCGUUGUUCCUAAUCUAUUAGUGCUCGGUUUAUACAUUGGUUACAUAACCGUGAUUAGUCAUUAGUUGACAUUGUUAAGCAGGCAAAAAUGUAAGUGUUAUCACCACUUAUUUAUAAUUUUACAUACAUGACCGUUUUAUUUAGGAUAUUAGUAGUUAACAUUUUAUCUGCCAAUAUUCUGAUGUAGAAUUCCGUACAAAAAAAAUCUCACUUUUAGAGGGAUUCUAUGUAAGAGAUUUAUAUGGCAGACAAUCUGGUUCAGAUAAUCUGACUUGUUGAUAUAAUCAAAAACUGUCUAUGAAGAUCUGUGUAUAACAUGGUCCCUCAAAAGGGCAAGAGAAGUUCAGGCUUUUUACAUUGUUGAAGCUAUGUAAUAUCUAUAACAGACAAACUCGAAAGCAUCUUUUUUUUUUGUUCACACCUUGUAAUGUUAAGAAUAUCCAUAGCGAGGCAUGGGUAGAAAGAUGGCUUUGUGUACAGUGAAAAUAGCGAACUGUACCCAACAGUUUACUACCCUCAGGUACAUGUAGUCAGCACUGAUAACAGACUUCACACUCUAUGUUCUUUAGUAUAUAACAGAAUUAUUUCUUCAAAAGAAAAUCAAUAAUAUUUACAAUUUAAUUUCUAUCACAUUUAUAGAGUAAAUGAAAACUCCAAGCCCAUUUACCACUACAGCUCUCUGUAGUGGUCGUGGUGUUGGGAGUGCCAUGACACUCCUCUUCCCAUUGUAAGUAGUCAAACUGUUUUUGAUUGGAAUCAUUAUAUUAUUUGAUCUUAUGUUCACUUAAUAAAACGGGUGAAUAAAUUCUGGAUUUAACCACAAAGAUUAAAGAGACAAUCUAAGCAUGGAAGCACUAAAGGUCAAUGUUUUCAAGCUGUCUGACAGAAAAAUGACACAAUGCAGCCACUAAGGCAGACUUAGACGGCAAUGAUAGGCUAACCUGUCCAGCAGACUCAAAGAGAAAAUGGUUUCACAGAAAACCAGGGGAUAGAACAAAGACUCCUUGCACCAUAACAAUAACUAGCUGUAUGGGAUUUAGUGCAUAGAGUGUCUCUUUAAUAUCCAGCCGUCCAAAAUGCUAAGUCAAAAUACCAGUCUGCAAACAAGU